AUGAAUGCAGAGAAGUCAACUAUAUUUCCAACAAUUUCUCUGCAACAGGCUGGAGUGGAGCACAGGCCAGAAGCAGCGCAUCAGCAGGAAAUAGAGCAACCAACCUCCGAGGAUACACAGAGAUAUCAACAUUUGAAGCCAAUGGGGUCCAUUCUUCUUGAGUCGCCAUCAUGCUCUGAGCUCAGAGUCAGUUUUGACUUCGAGCCGAAGAUUAAGGAAAUCAUGCCGUUUAAUCCCAUUUUUAGCUCCUCUAAGAAACGUAGUUAUCUGAAGCAAGGCGAUGCAAAACACAAUCCAAAAAAUAAUACAAGCACGCAUAUUGAAAAGAGAGUUUUGAAAUUUGAAAUAAAAGAUAAAAGCUUAAUUCUCGACAGAAGAAUGACCAAAAUGGUAAAACAAAAGGCAAAAAAGUAUUCGGCUUUGAUUCCCUCUUCAAAUACCAUUGUGCUGAAAUAUAAAAGAAAGGAGGACAUGGAAGUAGACUUGAGAUCUCUGGGAUUAACACCAAAAACAUACAUUGAAAACAAGCUAAUCGUUCACAAUUUAUCUUUUAAAGAGACUGAGGAAAGUGUAAGUCGGUUCUUUGGUCAAUUUGCAGAAGUGGAGAAGGUCGUUCUUGAGAAGAACUCAAAGGGUCUGUGUGUUGGAAAAGGCGUUGUAACCUUUUCAACGGCAUUUUAUUCGGGACAGGAGAAAAAGCUGUAUGAUCUACGAAUGAAUGGCAGACUCCUCAGAAUAGAACGAAUCAAAAAGCAGGUACUAAAUAGAACUAGACUCUUCAUUUCACACAUCAAAAAGAACCUUAAAAUUGCAGAUCUUAGAUCAAUUCUAAAAAAGGAAGGAUUUGUGCCAAAGUCCGUGAAAAUAGAUUUGAACGAUAACAGAAAUAAAGGAUAUGGAUUUGUGGAGUUUCAGACACCUGAACAGGCUGAAAGUUUUGUGAAAAGCUAUUCGAAGCUUAAAGAGCUGCUUGGGCCUGGCAGUUUUGUUGAGUAUUCACAAGAAAAACAAGAUAAAAGCAGAAAAUAA